GGGCAUUUCAUCUUUACGACAUAGAUAAUGAUGGCUAUAUAACGCACGAAGAAAUGUUAAGAAUUGUAGAUGCUAUAUAUAAAAUGGUUGGUAGUAUGGUAAAAUUACCGGCUGACGAGGAUACACCCGAAAAACGUGUCAAUAAAAUAUUUACAAUGAUGGACAAAAAUAACGACGGUAAACUUAGUAUAGAAGAAUUUAAAGAGGGCUCAAAACAAGAUCCUACAAUUGUUAAGGCUUUAAGUUUGUACGAUGGCUUAGUAUAG